AUGGGGAACUCAUUCACAUGCAUCUCUCAUGAGGAGGAACAACGUCCCAAGAAAUCCUCUGCGGGCCGCAAAGGAGGAGGAAGUAACUCCGGGAAAUAUGUGCGUCGGCUGUCGCUAAUCCCUUCAUUUAGAAGGCGUAAGCUACUCCCUUCGCUCUCCUGCUCUGGCUCAUCCUCCACUUCGUCUUCCAAGAAAGGCGGAGUCAAAGCGAAGAAGAAGAUAAGAGAGAGACAUCAUCAAGACCACCAUGGACAUGACAAAGACUCUCACAUUAUUCAAGAGCAAACACUUGCAGCCACUAAUCUCCUCUUCAACCAAACCCCUCGUAACAGCAACUCUGUUAUUCCUCCUAACUUUAGACGCUCCACCUCUGUGGUCUAUCCCUCGACUCAGUCUGCCAGCUCCGGCACUGGGUCAGGACCCGUUUCAGCCGUGCAGACUCCCAAGAAGUCGACCGGUGCAUUUGAGCUGAAUAAGGUGGAAGGUUCAGAGACGAAGCGGUUCGUGCUGGUUCACGGUGGAGGAUUCGGGGCUUGGUGUUGGUACAAAACCAUAACUCUCUUAGAGAAACAUGGUUUCCAAGUCGAUGCCGUUGACUUGACCGGUUCAGGUGUAAGCUCUUUUGACACCAACAACAUCACAAGCCUCGCUCACUACUCCAAACCUCUCCUCCACUUCUUCGAAUCCCUCAAACCCACCGAGAAGGUAAUUUUAGUUGGUCAUGAUUUUGGAGGGGCUUGUAUGUCUUAUGCCAUGGAGAUGUUUCCUAGUAAAAUCUCCAAAGCUAUCUUUAUCUCUGCUGCUAUGUUGGCCAAUGGCCAAAGCACUCUUGAUCUCUUUAACCAACAGCUGGGGUCAAAUGAUCUGAUGCAACAAGCCCAAAUAUUUCUGUACGCCAACGGCAAAAAGAACCCUCCAACCGCCGUUGAUUUCGACAGAUCGUUGCUUAGAGAUUUUCUCUUUAAUCAGAGCCCUCCAAAGGACCUCGCAUUAGCCUCGGUAUCCAUGAGACCGAUCCCGUUUGCACCGGUCGGUGAAAAGCUACACGUGUCGGAGAAAAACUACGGCUCUAUUCGCCGGUUCUACAUCAAAAUCAUGGAGGAUUACGCCGUACCGGUUCCUCUCCAGGAGGCGAUGAUAAAAUCGAACCCACCGGAACAAGUUUUCCAGCUCAAAGGAUCCGAUCACGCACCGUUUUUCUCUCGGCCUCAGUCUUUGAACCGAAUCCUCGUCGAGAUAUCUCAAUUACCGGCAAGGAAAUCAUCGUGA